UCGCGGGCGGGCGCGCGGCCCCUCCUCUCCGCCUCCCUUCCCCUUCCCCUUCCCCGCCCGGCGGCUAGGCGCAGCCGCCGGCUUAUUGUGGACCCUCGCCCCACAGAGCUGCCACUAGCCCGCAGCGCCGCAGGCGGUGACGCGGAGCUUAGCGCGGGAGCGGGGAGCGUGCUGGGCCGGGGCUCAGUCCCCUUCUCCGCUCUCGCCGGCGCUGUCCCCGGGCCCCGCUGUCCCUCCCCCCACGCGUGACGGCGGCGCUCCCCCUAGUCCCCGCGUGCACGCGCGGUGGCGGGCGGACGGGCGGGCGCCCGGCUCUCGGGCGUGUGCGAGGCGUGAGGUGGAGAUGGGGGCGGAGGGAGCCGGAGCUGUCACAGGCCCCGGGUCCGCCUGACCGAGCCAAGUAGGGUGUCAUGGCCGCGGGGGGCAGCGGCUGCACUUCCUCUGCGUGCGGCAGUGGCAGCGGCGGCCGGGGAGUUAAUCCUCGACGCUCGGGUCGGUCCCGUUUCCCUCUGUGCGGCGGCCGGCGGGACCAUAAGGGCUUAACUCAUAUAUUUAACCCCCCUCCAAAAAGGUUUGAAAGUAUUCUUGAAGGGCUGUUUGGACCUGCAUUAUUAAAAGAUCUCAGUUUAUUUAAAGACUGUGAACCUGAAAGCAUUUCUGAUUGGACUUUCGAUGAAAAUUGUCUGUUUUGUUGCUUGAGAAGAAAUGAAGUAAAGGGACACUUAGUCAAUCUGGAUGAACCAGCUUCGGGAGCUGGGCAAGAAGCUCUGCUUAAACAAGAGCAAGCAAAAAUCAUUCGAUUCGAGAGACAAGCAGAAGAGUUCCUCAAUGCAGUCUUUUACAGAAAAGACAGUCCCUGGGUCUCCGACCCCAAUAUUCCCUUAGUGGCCCGUGAGAUCAUGCAGCGAAUGAUCCAACAAUUUGCUGCUGAAUAUACCUCAAAAAAUAGCUCUACUCAGGACCCCAGCCAGCCCAAUAGCACAAAGAACCAAAGCCUGCCGAAAGCAUCUCCAGUCACCACCUCUCCCACGGCUGCAACUACUCAGAACCCUGUGCUCAGCAAACUUCUCAUGGCUGACCAAGACUCACCUCUGGACCUUACUGUCAGAAAGUCUCAGUCAGAACCUAGCGAACAAGACGGUGUACUUGAUCUUUCCACUAAGAAAAGUCCAUGUGCUGGCAGCACUUCCCUGAGCCAUUCUCCAGGCUGCUCCAGUACGCAAGGGAACGGUGAGAACUCAACAGAGGCAAUAGCGGUAGAUUCUAACAAUCAGUCGAAGUCCCCACUGGAGAAGUUUAUGGUCAAACUGUGCACUCAUCAUCAGAAGCAGUUCAUUCGUGUUCUGAACGAUCUAUACACUGAAUCUCAGCCAGGCACCGAGGACCUGCAACCUUCUGAUUCUGGAGCAAUGGAUGCAUCUACUUGCAAUGCUGGCUGUGCCCAGCUAAGCACCAAACAUAAGGAAAAGGAUGGUAUAUAUCUUGAUGUGAAGUCUCCUACUUCUGUAGAUUUGCUCUUAGGCUCAUCAGGCUCUGACAGCCCUUUACAGUUGACAGAACAGCCCCUAAAGGAGACUUCUCCUGGGACAAACUCUGUAGAUGGAAGAGAGAAUGCCUUGACUAUUAUCCAGAAAGAUUCUUCUGAACUUCCAACCACUAAACCUAAUUCUGGUAGUUCCAUGGAUGGUUCCACUCUGGGAUACCUCACUGCAUCUAAUUCUUCCUCAUUAAACUUCCACCACAUCUCUAAGAGCUUGGAGGGGCAAACCACUGGACAGGAGCAAGACACAAAUGUGAGAAUGUGUGAAGGUGGUAAAGACCAUGUGCAGAGCUCAGCUUUAGGAGAAAGCCUACUUGCAGUAAAAGUGACAGCUGAGAAGGAGGAGAGCAACAGCUGUAUUGUUGCUCAAAGAAAUUCAUUCAGAGCUUUAUCAGAAAAGGCUUGGGACUCAGGAUUUAUGGGAAAUUCACCUGGAACUGCUGACAAAGAGAAUGCUUUACAGGGUAGCUCAAAAACACCUUUACACCAGGAUUUAGAGGCAAGUGAACAAGAUUCAAGGCCAAAGCAAGAGAACCAUCUUCACUCAUUAGGAAGAAAUAAGGUGGGUUAUCAUUUACAUCCCAGUGAUAAGGGCCAGUUUGAUCAUUCCAAAGACGGUUGGUUAGCCCCCAGCCCUGUGUCAGCUGUACACAAAGCAUCUAAUGGACAUUCACGAACUAAGGUGAUGUCAACCUCUGUUAAGACAGCUCGGAAAAGUAAAAGGGCAUCAGGGUUGAGGAUAAACGAUUAUGAUAACCAGUGUGAUGUCGUUUAUAUCAGUCAGCCAAUAACAGAAUGCCAUUUUGAGAAUCAAAGAUCAAUACCGUCUUCUCGGAAAACAGCCAGGAAGAGUACUCGAGGAUACCUCUUCAACGGUGAUUGUUGUGAGCUGCCUACAGUUCGGACGCUGGCCAGAAAUUUACACUCCCACGAAAAAGCAAGCUGCUCAACACUGGUGUUGGAAGCAGUGAUCACUCCCAAGCAGACCCUGGAAAUUUCAGCCCCUACACCUACAGUGAGUGUACAGCAUCCCAGAGAAGACAGCCCUGAAAAACUUAGUAAAGAAAUAACCUCCCUCACAGAAGGAGACAGAGACACUGUAUCUGAGAAGGAAUCUCAAGACUCUGAGGUUUGUCCCAUGAUGAAUAAACCAAGUCCAAACAGCUCCCCUGGGUCAAAGGAAACAAUAGCCUCCAGCCCGGUGGGGCCUCUCCCUGCUCACCUUCCUGAAGAGGACGGGUCAGAAAGCAGCACCAUGCUUUCAGCUCCCACAGCGAGUGGGAUAAUUUCUCUUGAACCAGACCAGCAACCAGUUGAUGAACUGCUGGAUACAAAGGAGAUGAGUGUAACCCAAGGCUGUCACCUGGUCCCCUCCACUGAGAGCAUUUCUGAAGGAGGCAGUGAAGAUGUUGUUUCUAGGCCUUGUUCUUCUGCUAAAACAGUCAGUAGAGAGCAAAGUCCUUCAUGCUUAGAAAACCAGAGUCCCCUUGUGGGCUUGGCGCCUCCCAUGGGCCUGGGAAAGGCCGAGGAUGACCAAAGCAUCAAUAUGGAGGCUAUGACUGAAGAUACUCAGGAGCUAGAGGCUGACCCACUCUUGACAGAAAGCUGCACUUUUACUAACAACAAAAACCCCAGUGAAGUUGAGGAAAGUGAAGGAGCUAGUGGUACAGGAGAAUUAGAGGGAGAGGACAGUGAUGGAAAACAUCCUUCAGAAAAAUAUAUGUGUGAUCAAAACAUUGACUCACUUGAAGAGAAUUUGGACAAGAAGAAGAAAGGCAAAAAAUUCCCUGAGGCCUCUGAUAGGUGCCUCAGAAGUCAGCUUGCAGAUUCCUCUGCUGAUAGGGGCCUAAGAAACCAGAGUUCAGAUUCUUCCUCUGCCUGUCCUGAAAUCAAGGUUUCUAAAAAUUCUGGUCCAAAACGUUCUAAGAAAGAAGGUUACCAGAGAGAGACAAUACCUGAAGACUUUCUGACUAACAGUUUCCUUACAAAAGCUCCAGAGGACACUGAAAACCCAAAUGUUGAUGAAAAGCCCUCUGCAAAAGAUACUGAGCAGGAGGGUGAGGGAGCCGGGAUCAUCACCCGGCAGAGCUUUAAAAACCUGCUGGCAAAAGAAUUCCACAGGGAAGAAGGAGCUACUUUCCCCAGCAGUGAUCCCAUAACCACAGUUGACCAGCCCCUGCCUGGAGAGAAACUGGAGAUCUAUGUUCAGUCUAAGCUAGGUGAGAAGAAUGCUCAUGACCCCUUGGAAAGUAUUCCUCGUACUUUCCCAGAACAGUCGAAAGGGAAUCCAGGACCUGUUGCUGCACAAGACACGGAGGAGGCUGUGAACGAGGUAGACAGUGCAGAUACCCAGCAUAACGGUGCUGGUGGUGAUGGGCCCACCAGCUCACUUGGGUUGUCAAGUAGUGGAAGUGGUGAUGCUGAUGGACCCCCAAAAUGGGUCCCAAGGCUUACAAGACUGACUUCUUCAACGUACAACCUAAGACAUGCUCAUUCUCUGGACUUGUUGGAUACUGCAAAAGUGACGUCAGACAAGGAAGCAGCACAGGGGAACCGAAUGCCAAAGGAAAAUGGUGCUUCAGAGAGUGGAGAUCCCUUAGAUGAGGAUGAUGCGGAUCCAGGGGCAGAGGACCAGCCGAAGUUCGUGGAGUGGUGUGCUGAGGAGGAGAACCAAGAGCUUAUCGCCAACUUCAAUGCUCAGUACAUGAAAGUUCAGAAGGGCUGGAUCCAGUUGGAGAAGGAAGCCCAGCCAACACCAAGAGCGAGGAAUAAGUCAGAUAAACUGAAGGAGAUUUGGAAAAGCAAGAAAAGGUCACGGAAAUGUAGGGGUUCGUUGGAGGUUCAAAAGUUUUCUCCUGUUCAGAUGCUAUUUAUGACAAACUUUAAAUUAUCUAAUGUUUGUAAAUGGUUCUUAGAGACCACUGAAACCCGGUCUCUGGUAAUCGUGAAGAAGCUCAAUACUCGUCUUCCAGGAGACAUACCCCCUGUCAAGCAUCCCCUUCAGAAGUACUCUCCUUCCAGCCUGUACCCCAGUUCACUACAGGCUGAACGUUUGAAAAAACACUUGAAGAAAUUUCCCGGAGCUACUCCUGCAAGGAACAAUUGGAAAACACAGAAACUCUGGGCUAAAUUUCGGGAGAAUCCUGACCAAGUGGAGGCAGAGGAUGGCAAUGACGUCUGCCCCAGCCCCAAUUCUGAAGACAAUAGAGAAGAAGUCAAGGAAUGUAGAAACAGCCAUCCUCCCACAAACUUGCCUACUCCAGCCAGUACCCGGAUCCUUAGGAAGUACUCCAAUAUUCGAGGAAAGCUCAGAGCCCAGCAGUGUUUGAUGAAGAACGAGGAAAUGGAAAGCCCACUUGGCCAGGCUGUGGAAAGCAAGCCAAGUUGUAAGAGUGUCUGCAUCAACCCUCUGAUGUCCCCCAAGCUCGCCCUGCAGGUGGAUGCAGAUGGGUUUCCCAUUAAGCUCAAGAGUACUGAUGGGAUGAAGGGAAGGAAAGGCAAACAGGUGUCUGAGAUUUUGCCAAAAGCAGAAGUUCAGAAUAAACGCAAGAGAACAGAAGGCGGCAGCACUCAGGAGCGGAAGGACAAGGGACCUGCGAUAAAAGCCAUCAAAGAAAAGCAUGCUGACAGCUCCACCAAGACCCCUGCUGCCAAGAAGCCAGCUGCAAGGGACAGAACCAGCCAGCUGCCCAGAAAGACAUCUUUGAAGGAGAAUAAAGUGAAGAUCCCUAAAAAGUCCCCUGGGAAAAGCUGCCCUUCCUCCAGGAAAGAAAAAGAGAAUACAAACAAAAGGCCUGUGCAGCCUGCCACCUUGGAGACAGUGACAAAACCUGCAAAGCAAAAAGGGGCAGGUGAAUCCUCUUCCAAGCCACAGAAAGCCCCGAACAGGAAGCAAAACAACGGAAAGACUCGGGCCAGACCUUUGACGAAAACCCCAGAGAACAGUGCAGCCCAGAGAAAACGAAAGCUGAAGGCGAAACUGGACUCUUCCCACAGCAAACGGAGGCGGCUGGAUGCAAAGUGAUUGGAAGGGUGGAAACCAAGAGUAACUGUUCUACAGAAGUAGCCCUUUAUUUUGCAUUAACUUAAUCUGCUUUUAUAAGCUUAUCAAGCCUUUCAAAUCUGCAGUUAAUGGAGAACCCCACAAUUUAAGAUGUCAGAAAAUGCAUCUCAGAUGGAGAAGGAAACUUGUAGAGUCUUUCUCUGAGGCUGAGUAAGGGAAGUUAUAUAUUAUAUUCUGGUUGUUCCUUGGGUUUUAAACUUGGAACCAAGCAGUUUUAGUUUUUAAAAGUACAGUGCCUUAUUUAUCCUUUUUGUCUUUAAAUUUACAAAAGCUAAAAAGCUGAUCUAUGUGAUUAAAGGCUUGUAUUUUAUACUUGAUGCACAAGCACUUGUACUGUAGCCAAGAAGACCACCAUCAUGCACAUUAAGUAGCUUUUCAGCAGCCACCCUGCAGUAUCUGUACAUGAACAGAUACUCCUCUUUGCAAACCCUAGCAGUGAACUUCCCUCUCUGUCUUGUUUGGUUAAAUGAUAUUUGAAAGCUAAACCAAAUCAUUUUUUAUGGUAUGUGGAGAACGCAGAGGGAAUUUAUAAUGAUUUUGAAAGAUUAAUAUUUCUGUUAUCCUUUUUUUAAAAAUCAUAUUCAUUCUUGGCCACUCUUCUCACUUUUGAUCUUCUGUCAUUUGAGAAAAUGUAUUCUAAAUUCUGUGCCUGUGGGACAAAAGGUGUGUCACAAGGCAUUAGUACUGGUUUAUGACCUCUGAAAAUUAUUUACGUCCUCCAAAUUUGCAUUACUGAUUCUACCAUCCUUUCAUUUUUGGCCUUGAAAGCUUCAUAACACUCUAAAAAUGUUUUCAUUCUACAUUGGGGGAAAAAAUAUCUGGAAUUUUUUAAUUUUUAACUGUGUAGCUAUAAUUUGGCAAUUAGUUUAAGAGUGACUAUUCUAAUUUUCUCUGACCCCAAGUACUUCCAUAUUUGAAGAAAGCUAAAAUGUUAUUUCCAGUAAUAGAAAUGUUAACGUGUGUGCACGUGUGUUCAGAUGCAUUUGCACUUGGUCAUCAGCCACAAGUGUCUCCCAUUCCCAGUUCCACAGUAAAAUUCUUUCUUCCCCAUGCAGUGUGCUAGGGUGUUCAUGACCUGGAUAAUUAACUCAGGCCAGAUGGUUUAAAUGUGGCCCAGGGUCUCUAUGAGCAUCCCCAAAGCCACUUUGCCACCAGACUCAAAAGGUCUAAACAACACAGUUACAUAAAGGUCAAAGCAAUUUGCAGUUGAAGAAAGCCACUCCAAUAUCUCACAGUGGGCCCACAUCCCCCACACCCAGAGCUGAUGUUCAGCUGCUAUGUGCCAACUUGAAAGUACAUGUUUCGAGUGGGUGUCUAUUCUGAUUGGUUCAUAGUUAAUCCUUCCUGCCACUGUCCUGUUGAGCUCUGUUCCGUGGCUUAAAAAUGAGAGCUGCAAUAUUUGUAACAUCGCCUUUCCCAGGUAAAACCGAAGUAAGUGCACUGGCUUUCCCUUGAUGCCUAGGACAUUGCUCCACUAUAACACAGUGUGUACUCAACAUUUCCAUUGAGCCACUUGACAAAAAGCCUUUGUUGUUGAAGCCUCAACCAGCUUCUCUAACAUGCUGUGUCACUGAAGUAGACUCCUGUGGACAGCUACUACUCUGUCCUUCCUGUUAAACUUUUUUCCAGUUAGAAUGUUUCAGAUCUGUUUAGUUAAACCCAGAUGGACUUGUUCAUGCGUUAGUUCAUUCAGUUCAUGAUAAAACAGGCUUUCUAUCCAUUCUGUUAAAGGUUUGCUGUAUAUAAUGAAAGCUUCAGAUGAUUGAAUAGGACUGGAGAAAAACAUUUGAUUCAUGGGAAACUGAGAAUUGUGUUGAAUUUCACAGAUUGCGAUGCUUACUACCUUCAGUGGAGCCUUGAUUACUUCUUCUUUCUAAUGUCUUCUCUAUCCCAUGAGUCUCUUUUUUUCUUUUUAAUAUCUUUGACUUUGGAUAUUCAAGAGCUACCUAUAUUAAUGAAACUGCUGAGUGUGUGUGUUGGCAACCCUUUUUCAGCAUUAAGUUGCACAGAAGCAUUAAUAUGUUUUGAGUAAGUUAGUUUAGUCUUUAAAAAGUGGUUUUAAAGUUUUUUUUUUAUCUUCUCAUAUAGUUGUCACUGGAUAUUGUUUUGUGGUGACUUAAACCGCUGAGGUUUGCUGAUGUCAGGUGUGUUGAUUCUUGUGUAUGUGUUCACAGUACCCCACUAGCUGUGUAUAGGCCACCUUGCGAGGGUGCUUGUUUAGAUUAAGGAGAGAUGUGAGGCAUUAUGUAGGGUGGAACUUUUCCAGUUCCAGGUUUGUAAUUCAUUCCACUACUUUUCUAAGUUCUUGUUCAUUUUUAAAAGCGUACUUCAAAAUAAUAGCCAUCUCUCCCAUUUCAGGCAGCAUUUAAGAAAAGGUAUCAGUAUGUAUGUAUUUAUUUUAUAUACCUAACAAUGCAAUAUUAAAAUCAAUUUAUACUUUAUAGUAGUGGCUACAUUUAAAUAGACUUGGAUUCUACAUAAUUAGGACACUUAAAAAUUCAGAAUUAUUUUUAUAUUUGUUGGAUCUCAUUUUUGCUGAUUCAGUUCAUUUUGCUCCUAGAAGAAAGAAAAUAAAAAACCAACUUGAUGGCCAACCCUGGAAGGCCCUUUUAUACUUACAGCUGUUGCUGGCAGACCUGUCUGCCAGAUAGAUCCAAGCCAGGCUUAGAGCUGACUCAAGUCUCCCAUUUUCCCUCUCUUGGAAAGACCUCCUUCUGAUAGCCAUCUUCACAGUAUGGCUUGCCACCAGAUGCAAAGGCAGUCUGUCCCACAUUCUGGAUCCCAAUCGGAAAGGAAUUCUGUUUGUGGGCCUACAGUGUCCCACCGUGGGGUAACUGUCCCACCGUUAAGGCUGACGUUGAAGUGAUGACCAGAGAGCACUGGUAUUACCUCUGAGCUUCGGGAAGAGCCAGGAGAUGCUUGGGAAGCAGUCCCUGAAGCUUCAUCCAUGGCUCCCCAGAGAGGGGCCCUCUUCAGGAGACCCAUUUUCUAUCCCAUGAGACGCCCUGGGCUUAGGAGGACAACAUGAAGACCACUGCCUCCUCAGGCCCAGAGCCACACCCAGUCCUUCCUCAGACAUGCAGCAGGAAGGCUGUGACCCUGUUCAGCUCUCGAGACUUCCAUCCUGGGAUUGUUACCAGUAUCUGUUAAUCUACAAUUGCUAGCCCCCUGGAUCCCUUAGGCCAAUUCUUUUGUGUCUGUAUUUCAUUGAAGAUUUCCGUACAAGCCUCAUCUUAAAAAAUAAUCUUAGGCUGGGUUUUGUGCCUCACUGUUUUUUCAGUAGUUGUGAAUAGAGGAGGCGGUUAGUCUUCCCUUCACACAUGUGCCUCUGACGGGACCCUCUGCAUUUAUACUGGUGGGUGAAUUUCUCACUGUCCAGAUAGGCAGUAAGAUACAUCACUUCCAGAGAAUUAGUUACUUAGAAGUUUGGUCUCUUCAAUUCUCCUGCCUUCUCAUGGACUCUGUCAUGGGGGCUGACACUGUAGCUCUCAUUUAUGGGCAGCGUUCCUAUUGACUAGUGGACGUAAGAGCCAAGUAGGAAAGGGCAAUAUGCUAUGUGAUACAAGCUGUUGAUGCUGUAGUGUUACCUUCAGCAAGUCCAGUGUCUCAUCACUGCACCUGGGACUGGGAUGGAAUUUCCCAAGAUGCUGGCCCAGGGAGCCGUACCCACUCCUUGUGGUGGUCAGUCAGCUUGUGCAGGUUAUCUUAGCUUCCAGAUGAUCUAUCAAGGGUCUAUAGACUACAGGCUGGUCUUUUUUUGUCAGUAAGUGUUUAUUAGAGCAGAGCCAUGCCCAUUCGUUGAUAUAUUGUUUGUGGCUGCUUUCCAGCAGAGUUGAAUAUCUGCAACAGAGACCAUGUGACCUAUUACUAUGUGGACCUUUAAGAAAAAAUUAACUGAUCCUUGCUUAAGAAAAUAAUCUUUUAGAGGAACAAAUCUUCCCUGAUUUAUCUCCUUUUUCCUGCCUCUUCCACUCUGUCCUCUUUUUGUCCCCUUCUUACUUAUCUUACGUCAAUUUUAUCCUUUCUUUUCCUUUUCUUUAUUUCUUCUUGAAAGAGACACAUUAUGUUGCUCCAGUACACUGAAUGCCAUCUCCUGCAACGUGAGCUCCCUUAGCCUCACAUCUUCCUUCUCAGAAUCGCCCAUCACAGUAUUCAUAAUAAGGUCAUGUCUAGCCUGCAGAGGCAGAACCCAUGACCAAACUGGGAUUCAGAGUUCUGAAAUUACGUGGCCUGGCCUCUCAUUCCACUUAGACCCAACUUCAGCUUCCCUCCUUGUUUGUUACUGAAGUAAGCCAAGAUUUUGUUUCUUUCAAAAUUAACUGAGACUACUUUAGUUGACUGUUCAGUUUUGUGAACCUCACAUUUAGAUACUGAAAAAGUCUUUUCAUAGGAAACAGGUCAAUCACAAACCCAGAGCAUUAUUUGUUACGUAAUAUUUUUGACCAGCUUCUAGGAAAAUAAAAAUGUAUUGGUACUGAUAUAUUAUCAACCACAUACUCUUCUUACAAAAUAAUUUUAUUAAAGGCAAGCCAACAAAUAAAACAUAGAGGCUUGAAGUGUUUUGAAAAGAGUAACAGAAAAAUUGGAGCAUAUUAUAACCCGAAUGUGACUAUGAAAUUAUAGAUAACAUCAUUAGAUCAAAUUCGCUCAGCUGCCAAGCUGUUAGUCCUCCCCCUCCCCAAAAACUCAAGGAGAAGCUUCUGUGCUGUCUUUCAAAAUGAAGUUGAAUGUCAUGUUAAUGAAAAAUUUUUUGUCAUUGGUCCCAGAAGUGACUGUUCCAAUUGUUUUGAAAUAGUUAUAAUUUUGAAUUCCUAGACAUUAAUUUUUAUCUUCUUGUGGCUUGACGUCCACUGAAAUACUGAAAUUUUUCUGUAGGUAUGAACUCUGUCUGUAUUACAUCAUCAAGGCAAUCCUCCCAACCUAUCAGUAAGUACUCUUCCCAUGCUUGCUCCCAAAUCCUUUCCAGGGGAAGAAAGAAAAUAAAAAGAUUAUUGUACUUAAAACAGGCAGAAUUAUCAGAAGCCUUUUGAGGCAGCCUUCAAUAUAAUUCAUUCCUUCAAACAUCAGAAUAACAGUGGAUGGGUUGGAAGACUUGAAGGCCUGCCCCCUUUCUUUUAGAUAUUAAAUCAUACUCAAAACAGAAACCCAGAGCUCUCUGAUGCUGCUCUCAGCUCAGCGCUUUGCUGCGCUGCCCUGGGGACCCAGGGAACCACCUUGGGCACUUUGCAGAUGUCCUUGCUCUUGCAUUUGCCCAGUUCCUUCCAUUACCUCCUGUCUGUCUGAUCUUCCUUUUCCCAGAGCCCUGGUGGUUUAAGCACAGUGCUCAGGAGACAUCCUUUGCUUUGGCCUUCAGAGGGGCACUGUGUGUUCGUGCUGUCCUGGUGAGCACAGUGACAUACAGGCUUUCUCCCCUGCCGGGGACCAUUUCAUGUAACACCAAGGGCUUGGUAGGCAAGCCACACUCAAGUAUAGAAUGCCCACUGAAAAAGACCAGGUGCACAUGGUUCUGCAAUACGUCAGAGGCUGGAGGAAUGCAUUUUACCUUUUUUUAAGGGUUAUACAUUUUUAAAAGAGUAACAGACCAUAUGUCACCCACACAACCUGAUAUAUAAAAUAUUUACUACCCUUUGCAAUAUGUCAUUCAAGAUCAAAUUGUGUGGACAGCUAGGUGCAAACUUACUUUCUCAUGUAGUCCAGCAUUGUACCAUCUCUUUCCCUCAAAUUUUAACUUGUUGUUACCUGUUCAUCUCAGCACAUGGCUGCUUCACACAUUAUUCCUGAGAAAUGCUCAUGCAUUAAGAAAAUCCCCCAUGUUGGUUGGAUAUUUGCUGAAUUGUGAACUUAUGAUCUUAUCUACAAGGAUAAGUGUUAAAACUAAAAGUAUGAAGUCUUUUAAACAAAGUGCAACAGUCUUCAUGUUUAUGAAUCAGGGUGAACUUGACUGUCAUGCAGAGACAUUCCUCUUUCAAUACAGAGGGACUUAAUAAUGAACCUAAAGCCUAAAAUAGUGCCUCUCCCCACAAGCACUGGUAUAUUAGUUUUAUCCCCUGGAGGCCUCCUUUUCUUUUCAUAUACAACAUAUUUACUAAUGUAUCACUUCCCAAGCUUCGGUCAUUUUCCUGUGAAUGUAAGCAUUUGGUCUUUGCCUGUUGUAACCUCAGAUCCAGACCACCCAUUCUCAGCUCUCUUAAAGAUACCAGCAUAUCGAUGGCGCCUUUUGUAGCACACCAGCAGCUUUAGACUGAAGUUCAGAACUCUCCGUCCUGACCAGUGAAGCCCGACCCUGCAAGGCCCGACUCACCUCAGUUUGAGGAGCCACGCUUUGCAUCUUGCACCUUCAGCUCAUGCCACCAACCCCCUUCCAGGAGGCAUCUUCUCUGGGACAGUCUCUCGCCUCCCAAGAACUUCAAUGAACACAUUUCUUUUCAUAAUUUUAUUGUAUUUAGCCAUGAGGUCCAAAUAUUCAAUUUAUCAACUUUUUUACCUUACUGUUUUCCAUAAUCUACAUCUCAUAUUGUCUGUAGCUAAAGCUGUAGUAUGUGGGAGCUACUUUGUGGAAAAGCUACUUAGUGGAAAAGAUGCUAUGCAAACAAGAUUUGCAUAAUUUUAUGUAUUUAUACUACAGGUGAGGAUUAGUUUUAGAGCCAUUCUAGCUUAAGGUUAUUAGUCUCACAGUGAUUUCUGCAUUCUUAAUAGUUCUGAGAGGCUGCUAGCAGCUAUGGUUUCAAGUACAUUAAUAAUACAUAUUUAAACACCACUGUGGAAUUUAUUUCACUGUAUAAAUAGUGAUAUUUUCCUGUUCAAAUGCUUCUAUAGAAAGUAUUUAUUUUAACAACAACAAAAAAUUAUCAAAGGGCUUUCAAAAAAAGUGUUCUUUCUAGCCACCUGUCCUCCCCAACUACCAUGGGCAUCUGUGAAAUCUCUACACAGCACAGUAAAAGCAGAAGGGUAGGGCCUUGAAGCGUUCACUGUAUUUGAGCAGAUGCAACAUGGAUUGGGAACCUGAGCACAUACCCUGACUGUCACCCCAUCCCAGAACAGAGUGGGUCUCCCACAGUCAGUAUGGCUGUGCCCAUGGUAUCGGGCUUGUCUCAAGCAGCCCCUUUUUGCAUACCCUGUUGGUACAGUCAACCAUAGCCUUCCACAGCCUGGGCAGGGAAAUGAGCCUUAGUUGUAACCCAAAGGAAAUCCGAACCCAUACCUGUGGGAUGUGGAGAAACCACUGGUUGCCUAAAGAAAGCAUUAAGAUGUAUUUUAGUUUUUCUCAUGUUUGUGAAACAUACCUAUUCAGACUCCCCUAACCGUGGGAGGUAACUAUCCCAUGUUUCCUUCUGCACCUUGACAGUACUUGUGAGUACCUCGACUCACCUCCCCCUCCCCCUGCUGUCCCAGCAAGCAUCUGUGCAGAUGUGGGCCAGCCCCACUGGUAACUGAUGGUUACAGGAGACCCUCUGGUCUGAGGUGUGUGCAGCUUUACUCUCAGGAGUCCUGGUCUGCAGUUCAGAGCACCCCCUUGAUGUAAUGGAACUGAUGCUCUAUGAUCAUGUUCGUCUUCCCCACGCCAUUCCUGGGUGCCCUGGGCUGAGUCGUGAUUCUCAUUCUGCCCUGCCAGCUAGACUGAGAAUCACAGCUCCAGGGCUGCAGGGAGCUUGGGGUUUUUGUCAUCCAUCUGAACCAUAAUUGUCAUAUUUAUUUAUGGCCUCCCUUUGUCUUUUCUAAACAAAUGAGGACACUUGAGCAGUAAUGCUGGAGAAUGUUUUUUUCUAAGAUACUCUUUGUAAGCAACUCUUUUUUAAGAUGAAAUGUGAAUGGGUAACUAGGUGCCAGGGAAUUUAGCACUGAACUAGACAAAAUUUUUUUUACCUUUGCAGGAAGAAGUAAAUUUUGCUCUCAUCUAAAUGAUCACAGAAAGUAAUGCUGUAAAUAGUUUUUUAAAAAUAUUUAUUACAUGUGCUGUAUGCAGAUUCAUGUUCUGAGUGAUGUUGGUUUGCACUGUAAUAUUGUAGAAGAUAUUUUGAGCAGUGAACUUGUUUUCAUAACACAGUUCACACAUGGAGAAAGAACAAAAACCAGCAGGUUGAGAGCUGUUGGGGGCAUUUGAUCUGUAAUGUUACAUCCUAUCCAGGCUUUAAUUGCCCCCUGUUCUCAUCUGGUUAUGCUAUAUUUGUAUGUGUACACACACACACACACACACACACACACACAAAACUGGUCUAUGGUCAGUCCCCAGAUCUGCAGAACAAAUUUCCAGGUAUUCUUUCUGAUGUGUUGCCCAUAAGCAAUAAGAUCCUAGAUGAUAACAUUUCUUCCGGGAGCCACAUUGGCCCUUUGUCUCAGAGGAUAGGGUAGGGGUAGAACAGCUCUUGCUAAGACCUCUUGCCUUUGCCGGAGAGGUUGCUGUACUUGAAUUUUUGCUUUUGUUUAUCUGCACGCUCCUUUAUGUCAUACAACUCUAGCAACAGAUGAGAAAUCUGCCAGCACCAGACACAUCAAAAACUGGGUAUAGACAUUGAAAAAUUAUCAGUUUUCCAUGAAUUUGUGUCUUUUCCAGAAUCAAGUUGAGGCAGAGUUCAUUUGGCUGUUGCAUAAAUGUAAGAACUUUUUACAUUAGAAAUUAAAAGGCCAGUUAAAAGCUCUUUGACUGUAUCUGACCUACUAGAUAUUUUAAAAGCUAACCCAUUUCCUGUCAUCCUCCUCUGUGCCUGGUUUGAUAUGUCUGAAGCCCCCUUCGUGUCUGGGGUUAACCCACUUAGGUCAGUGCACAGAGGGCAGUUGCUCCUCCUUCUCCCAGUGUGUCCAGUUCAACAGGUUUCUAAGCUGUUUUGCAGCCUCUCCUUGUGACCGUCCUAAACUUUAUGAAAAAUACCCCACACCCAAAUAACCAUUAGGAAUAAUGUAGUUUUUUAGGCUUUGAAAUAUGUCUUUUUUUGUAUUUAUGAUGGUGUUUGGAAUUUUUCACUAGUGUUUUUUUAGAUUGAAGUGGGUGCAUUAGGAUAAAACUUUCCAUUGCUGAGCCAGAAGGUAAGCAAGAGGGAAGAAACUGACCUAUAAUGUAUCAUUGGGAAGGUGACUACUUCUUGUGGUGGGAGGGUGGGGAGGGGCAUUGUAGAUUAUGUGGUAAAAUAGAAUUCUGGCCUGAGGCUCCCCAAGUCUUAAUACCUUGUAAUAAAUAAUCCCUUUAUUAGCCUCACUUAAUCUCAAUAGAAGCCUGCUGUUUACCCUCAGGGAACAAGUAGUUUUCAAAAUUGAGCUCCUCCAAGGUCGCUGGCCAGUGCCUGUGUGCAGGCAUUGGUCGUCUUUGUGAACUCAUGGCAUUAUUUUCCCAUAUGCAUUAUGAUAUUAAGAAAUUCAACCCCAACCUGUAUGAAAAGCACAGCCCAGGCCCUCCUGAGGGCCAGGGGGUCAUAAGAGGCCCAUGCAAUUUAACUGAAACUCAGGUGCCGUGUUGGGUUUUUAUUCUUUUUAGGCCACGACCCUUCAGAAUGAGUGUAGGGCAGGGGCUGCUGAUCCAGCUGUGGACCAGGGAGCUCUAAGAUGAAUCUCUACCGUUCCUUUCUGGUUCCUCCCAGUGUUGUCAUUGCCAAGGUCAAUCUUGUAGUUGUUAAGAUGUGCUCCUUUUUGCUGUUUUGUGAGUCUUAGCCAGUGAUCCAGGCACCCAAGGAGAGGGUCUCCGGAGGCCCUAGCCCCUUCGUGGUACCAAAUGUGUGCUCCUGACCUGUGUGAAGGUGGUCUUUCCAAAAGCAGCAAAAUGAGAAAUUCUGCUAACGGUAAUCGGGACGAUCAGUGUGUAUCUCUUGGGCCUGGAUUUCCACUAUGUUAGUGAGUAUAGGAAAAUACUGUGUCUUUAAUGGAUGAAAAUUCAGUGUAUGCUGUGAAUUUGUUGGUUUGAAACAUUGAAAAUUUUACAUUAGAUAAUGUUUACAUACCUCACCCGAAGAACCUUUGAGAGUGUAUAUAUGAAAUUAAAAAAUAUAUUAAGUUGCUUUAAAACAAUAUGUAUAGCUAUAAAAGUUGGAGUUAUUUUAACUUUGACUGUGAUCCAAGUCUCUUAAAUAUUGAAAUCGUGUGGAUUUUUUUGUGUGUUUCUGUGUUUUACUUUCCUAUUAGGCCAUGUAGGAAACUGUGUUCUUGUUAUUGGUAAAAGGGCCCUCACUGAAAUCCAAGCUUGGAAGGAUUUCCUUUGUUGUUUCAGAUUUUCUUGUUUGGUUUUGAGGUAUGGGGCUAGAGGAUGUGUGGGAGGGAUUUCUCUAACAUUGACAUCUAUUCCAUGAGCUUUUUCUAGGCGCUUAUUUUAUUGCAGCGUAUUAAACUUCUUUGAUAUUAAAGUGUGUUUGUGUAGUUACUGCAGAGGGUACAGAAUGCAUUGAAGACCAGAUGCAACUUACAGCCUAUGGCAAAGUUGAUAACUUGCCAGAAGGCACCAAAAAGCAAUACCUCUUACUCUUCUGCCUCAGCCAUGGCUGUGGGACUUAAAGGAACAUUGUUUGCUAGAUCGGUGGCCAUUUGUGAGUUGUGCCCCAGACCUCUUCCUCCAGUAUUCAUCAUGUGGCAAACUAACCAGAAUAUAACCUGAGAGGACAUCCCAGGUUAAUUCUGGAGGCCUGGGAUAGAUACCAGAGCUGCAAUGUCUGCAGUCUCAGGAAAAUUUGGCAACUCUAAGAAGCCCGGGCAUCUGUUCCAUUGUGG